AGACAAGAAAUACAAUUAACUCCUGAAUCAAUUCCUGGUGUGAUAUCUGAUCUAAGACAUGGAAAAAACCCAGAUGCAAUUAAUAUUGUAUGGAAUCCUCCUACAAUACCUAAUGGUAUCAUUACAGUAUAUGAGAUAAGAUAUAGAGAGUCUACCAGUACUGGUUCAUACACUAUAACUAACACUACUGACACUAUAUACAGUAUAGUAGGAUUAAUACCUAAUACUAGUUAUACUAUUGGAGUGAGAGCAUAUACUAGUAUUGGACCAGGAGAAUGGACUGAUAGAGAAUAUAUUACUGCUCAAAUAUUUGUCCUUGAAAUGUUUUCUGUAACAAAGCUCAAUUCUACAGCAGUGAGGGCUGAGUGGAAUUUAAUUCUUAGAGCUAGUCAUUAUACUGUCUAUUAUGAGUCAACCAGUAGCUCCUCAAGAAAAAAGAGACAAGUAGAGACAGGAAUGAGAGUAUUCCCAGGUGGUACUACUGAAGGUCUAAUAGGAGGAUUAGAUCCUAAUCUAAACUACUUGUUUUCUAUAUCUAUAUCAUUUACUGUUAAUGGAGUCAUUUAUGAAGGGGAGAGGACUCAACCAAUACAACCAGCUGAUAUACCAACAUCAACAUCAGAUGCUGCUAAUGGAAGCUCAGUUAUUUUCAUAGUUAUUGGGGCAGUUGUGUGCAUACUAGUGUUAAUAGUGACAAUAACCAUCAUUGUAGUAGUUAAUGUAUUAAAAAAAAGAAGAGGCAGUAAUGAUAUUGACAUAGUUUCUAAAAAUACUUCGACAAAUAAACCUGAAGCUACUGUAUACUAUAGUACAUGCAGAAAUAGUAAUAAUGAAGCAGGGUAUGAAGAAAUUGGAUUAGAAAGAAUUGAAGAGGCUACCUACAGUACAGUAAUGAAACCUAAAAAGCCAGUGAUAGAAGAGUUCCCUAGUAAUAUGACAACUGAGGAAGGUUGUCAGGUUCUUUUGAAAGUAAAAGUUAAAGAUACAUCAAAACCAUCUUUCAAUUGGUAUCAUAAUGGAGACCUAGUGACUGAUGAUUAUGCUCAUGAGCUGAGAGGAGAUGGUAGCCUACUGCUAGUGAGUGUUGAGGAGAAACAUAAAGGAACAUAUCGUUUUGUUGCUAACAAUGAUGCUGGAACAGUUAGUCAACAAGUUGUACUCACAGUUGCAGUGGAAGGGGCCAGGAGGAUGCCAAGUAAUGGCACCUCGGCUGUUAAAAGUGGUAAAAACUUAAUACCUGUGAGACAGUUUGGAGAAUUUGUUGCUAAUGGACAUGCUAAAGGGAAUGAGGGAUUUAAGAAUCAAUUUAUGAUGUUGGACAGUGGUGAGAGUGACCACACAGGGACAGCUGGUCUUACUCCAAGCAAUAAACUGUUGAAUCGUUUUGCAAACAUUGUAGUCUCUAGAAACUUCUGGAAGAUGAUUGAUGAUAGAAAUGUGACUGCUAUUGUAAUGCUAUGCCAAGAAAAGGAAAAUGAUCUAGAAGUUUGCUAUCAAUACUGGCCUUCAACAUCAAGUGGAAUAAUACUGGGAGAAUACAAUAUUACUCUACUCAAGGAAAACACAAGUAAUAGAUACAUUGAAAGGAAAUUUGAAGUUAAAAAUACUAAUACUGGUGCUAAGCAAAGUGUAACACAGUUUCAGGUAACAAACUGGGAUUCAACUGGAGAAGUGAAGAAUCCUCAGACUAUUUUAAUGAUAAUAGAAGAAAUGUACAAAACACAAAGGAAGAGAGGAAAUACAAGCAUUGUAGUACACUGCAGUGAUACAGUUGGUCGUUCAGCAAUAUUUUGUGCAGCUGCUACAACAAUUAAUAAAUGUAAAACUGAAGGAGUCAUUGAUGUAUUUCAAGUACUCAAAAGUCAACGUAUUCAAAAACCAGGCAGUGUACAGACUGUUCAACAAUAUCAAGGGAUAUUUCAGAUUGUACUGACAUAUUUGGAUUCAUUUGAGACAUAUUCAAAUUUCACUAAGUAG